AUGGAAGAGAGAGAAGGAACCAACAACAACAACAACGUCACCAGUUUCGGUCUGAACCAACAACAACAACAACAUGAACCUGCUGCUGCUUCUUCUGUUCCUUACCAGAUGGACCCACCACGACCCGAUAACCCGUUUUCAGCCCCACCCAUCACUUCUUCUUCCACCCCCUCCUCCGCCGUGGCUGUGGAAAAUGCGGCUCCUCAGUUCAGUUUAACAAUGCCGGCGGCGGCGGAGACUGGUUCCUCCGAGCAGAAGAAGAAGAGAGGGAGGCCGAGAAAGUAUAACCCCGAUGGGACACUCGCUGUGACUCUCUCCCCGAUGCCAAUCUCCUCCUCUGUUCCAUUGUCUUCGGAGUUUACGCCUAGGAAGCGAGGAAGAGGACGUGGCAGCAGGUCUAGUCGUUGGCUCAAGAAGUCUCAGAUGUUCCAGUUCGACAGAAGUCCGGCUGCAGCUGCUGCUGCUACUGCAGAUUUUAUGGGAGCGAACUUUACACCUUAUGUGCUCACAGUAAACGCUGGAGAGGAUGUGACGAUGAAGAUAAUGACAUUCUCUCAACAAGGAUCUCGUGCUAUCUGUAUCCUUUCAGCUAACGGUCCCAUCUCUAACGUUACGCUGCGUCAAUCUACUACAUCAGGGGGUACUCUAACUUAUGAGGGUCGUUUUGAGAUUCUCUCUUUGACCGGUUCGUUUACGCAAAACGACACUGGAGGAACUCGAAGUAGAGCUGGUGGUAUGAGUGUUUGUCUCGCAGGACCAGACGGUCGUGUCUUUGGUGGAGGACUCGCUGGUCUCUUUCUUGCUGCUGGUCCUGUCCAGGUAAUGGUAGGGACAUUUAUAGCUGGUCAGGAGCAGUCACAGCUGCAGGUAUUAAAAGAAAGACGGCAACCAUCAUCCAUCUCAUUUAACAUCACUGCAGAAGAAAGAAAGGCGAGAUUCGAGAGGCUUAACAACUCUGUUUCUGUACAUGCUCCAACUCCUUCAUAUCAGCAUGAAAACACGGCGAAUCCGGUUCACAGUUACUACACAAACUCGGUUAACCAUGUCAAGGAACCUUUCUCUUCUGGCCAGGGAGGAGGCGAUGGAGGACAAGAGGAGGGAGAGGAUGAAGAAGAUGACAAUGAGUUAGAAGGUGAGGAUGGAGAAUUUUGCCUAUCUGACAACGAGAUUCCGAGCUGA